AUGUCUGAAACCGGUCUCCCUCCAAACUGGGAGGUUCGACACUCCAACUCCAAGAACCUGCCCUACUACUUCAACUCGGCCGAGCGAACCUCACGAUGGGAGCCCCCCGCGGGCACCGACAGCGAGAAGCUUAAGCACUACAUGGCUGCCCACCACAGCGCCGGUUCGCGGCCCGGAGCCGUGCCAGGCGUCCCCGAAGGCAAGAUUCGAGCUGCCCACCUGCUAGUCAAGCACCGAGACAGUCGACGGCCGAGCAGCUGGCGCGAGGCCGAAAUCACACGAUCCAAAGAAGAGGCCAUGGAAAUCAUCAAGGCCCACGAGCAGACCAUCCGAUCUGGCGCCUCCACGCUUGGCGACCUUGCGCCCACCGAGUCCGACUGCUCGUCUGCCCGCAAGCGAGGCGAUCUGGGCUAUUUCGGCCGCGGCGAGAUGCAAAAGGAGUUUGAGGACGUUGCCUUUACGCUCAAGGUGGGAGAGCUGAGCGAUGUUGUGUCGACGGCGAGCGGGCUGCACUUGAUUGAGAGGCUGGAAUAA